AUGCCUAAAGGCAGAUUAUCUGCCACCAAUUUGGCGACUUACUAUCAUCUGAACUGUGACCUCUACUUGCACAACGUGUAUCACCAAUCAAGUGGCCCCGAGUCGGUGUUGGCGUCGCAAGUCGUUCAAGCCCACUUCAAUCGCGGCAUGGACUGGGAGAAGCUUCUCUUUCGGUGGCUGGACAACCACUGCCUGCUGCUGCCCAUCCCCUCUGCGCCGAUUCAAGCAGAAGACCUCGCGGAACGUAUUUUGGCUGAUAGUAGAGACCACUUCUUUGUAUCAGGCCUAACACUUCGACCGCCUCAGCAAGCCUUCCAUGAGCUAUUUCGGGAAAAGGGAAAUGAAGAUGUCACGUUUUCUGUGGCUAAACCUGAUUUACUGGAAAUAUUCCGAACUGCCGACGGAAUGGUGGUAUGGAGAGUCGUAGAUGCCAAGUCGUCAGAGAAUGUGAAGGCUUCGCAUUACGUUCAGAUCUAUUUCUAUACCCUCUGCCUCACAUAUAUCCUCCCACAACCGCGAUUCAGACCCUCGGGAUCUACUGCAGUCUGGUUGCCCCCAUCGGAAUCCUCACAUAGCCAACCUUCUUUCACUGAUCUCAAGUCUAUCAAUCUCUCACUACUUGCCCCCUCAUUGCAUACAUUCCUUUUUGGUCGUCUUCCCCGUAUACUCGAGCAACCUAACGGGGAGCCCAAUUGGCAUUAUAACCCACUGUGUCGGAACUGCCCGUACGAAGAUGCCUGUCGAAGUAGAACACUCGUCCAAGGCGCCGUCGGAAGCAUCCCGAACCUUUCCCAUGCAGAUGCCAACUCAGUGCAGAACCUCCUCAAUGUUGUUCAGCCGGAUAGUGGAUUGUCUGACAUCGAGCAGUUACACGUUGUCUUCCAGAAUCAAACUCGAUGGAAACACCUUGAGAAAGCCUAUCCUACAACCUUCCGGAAAGCCACCAAAGCGCUGGGCGUUGCCAAACGCAAAGGAAAAACAGGCGUGACCAUGUCUACACCUUUGUUAGACUCGGCCAAGUCAGGGGAAAUACAAGUCAGUCCUUUCCGCCGCAGCUUUACCUGCCCUCGGUCGGAAGACAUCGCCAUCGUAGUAUCGUUGCUCAAGGACCCUUCCAUUCGUGCGGCUCCAAUCGCAUAUUUCUGCGUCUCUGUGUUCUCAAAUACAGCCUCGUACAAGCCUCCAAAGCCUGCGACUGGUAAAGUAGAUCAGAUGGUGCCCACUUUGGCUUCCAUAAUUCGAAGCAUUUUGUCGCAGACGUCUAUACUGUCCACCCAAUGUUAUGUCUUCUCAUCUGCAGAGCAUACCGCCCUUCAGUCCCACCUCGUUGAGGCCGCGCUAGCUUCGGACCAUUCCGACGCAGAUAUCCGAAUGUGUAUUGGAGCCCUUGCAUCUGGCGCUUCGCUGCUACAAACAACAUAUCAACCUCUGAUUUUGUCUGGUGUAUUUCUAUCCUUCUUGGACAGACCGCAUCAAGUAGCCACCGAUGCCGAAUUUCGACUUUACGCCGAAAGAUUGGGGUUGAACGUAUCUGGAUUUCCCGAAGAAAUUAGAUGCAUGGUCCGGGUUAAACUGGAAGCUCUCAAGGCCGAAGCGAAUACUCCUAGUCUCACUCCUGAGGACGAAAGUAGACGAACGUUAUUAGGACAAGUUCCGCGAGUCGUUACCGUCAAGUCGGAAGUUGAGAAAUUGUUGGCAUUGCCAAUGCCUGGGUAUUGGGAACUAGAAGAGUGUGCGAAGGUUUUAGUUUCCGAACCAUCGGUUCCUGAAUGCCCAACGGGUGAUGAAAUGUUAUCCAACUGCAUUACUGGUUCCGUCGAACAGCUCGAAAGUCAGCUGAAACUACGAAAUUGGUAUGUCUAUGCGACACUGAACAGCCUGCGUACCCGGGCGUCACAUGGCCGCCCAGACCUUCUAGUCAAUCCUGGACGACGGCUAUCGGCGAAUUGCAUGGAUAUCUGCAAGGACGAACAGUUGCGCAAGCUGUUCUUUAUGCAACAGUUCGAGGUCCUAACAAAGCUCGUCGAGCUGUGGAAAACACGGAUUGAAGGAUGUCCGGACGCGCCUGUGAUCGAGUUCCAAAACAUUGCUCAAGGCUCAAGAGGACUUGAAUAUUGUUUCAUCGUCACUGCUGGUGCCUUGGACAUGCCUAUCGAGAAAGAGAAAAGCUUCUAUGAGUACAUUAUCGUCGCCGACAACGAGGAUGAUGAAGACAUUCCGGUUGAAGCCCUUUUUGACGACCUUACCAUUGCUGGAUCUGUCAUUCCUCUCAACAACUUCACGAGGAAGCGAUGGGACUUUCAGCACCCUGCAGUGCGGGACAAUUUAGCACUAGUCGAUCUUCAGGACGUUUCAAUCCGAGGUAGAGGCCGGUCGAAGGUCACCGCUCUGACACUCAACCUCUGGACCGGCGGUACAUUUCAAGUUGAAGUCGGAAAGAAAUAUCGACUCUCUCCGCGACUAGUUGACUUCAACAUCACUAAAGUACUCGCUACACUGUUCGAAUUGGACGUUCGCGCUGGCGCCGGAGACGUUGAACAACCCGAUUCACCAUUUUGGCAGCUGAUCAAGAACCCCCGCCGGUUAAGGCAUGUGAACACCGUCACUGACGAUGUUAUACAGGCUUCUACAAGUAUCCAGCGACUGUUUCGCGAGAUCCAUGAUUUGGGCAACGAGUCUGCCGGCGCUCUGAUGUUGCAGGCGUCCCAAUUACAAGCGGCCAAGCGUAUUCUUUCCAACCAACUGUCGGUGGUGUGGGGACCUCCUGGUACUGGAAAGACACAUACGAUUGCCCUUUCUAUUCUACGACUUCUUGACGCGGAAACGAGAACGGGCAGAAUCAGAACACGCGUUGUAUUCGUGUCGGCUAUGACACACGCUGCCAUACAAGCCUGCUUGGAUAAGUUCCACUUCUUGACGACUUGUUACAAAGAGAUAUCGGACCUGGAUACGGCCUGGCUGGACGAAGUCAAAAUCGAGAAGGUUCUGAACGGAAAUAAACACCCUCCCCCGAAUCUUGCUCGUUUUCGAUAUAUCUAUGCUGGGACAGUCUAUCAGCUACACAAUUUCAGCAAAAGGAACUCCUUCGACGUUGAUGUUGUCGUUGUCGAUGAGGCAGGUCAACUGAGCUUGGCAUCUGUCGCCCUGGUGCUGGGGGCCCUCAAACCUGAUGGGAAAAUGAUAUUUGCUGGUGAUUCAGAGCAACUGGCGCCGAUCUUAACGGGCUCGUAUCCGAUAGCAAUGAAGCGUCUAUUUGGAUCAGUGCUGGACUAUUUGAUGCGCCCCCCAGCCCCCACAGCAUAUGAUGGAGAAGGGCCCAGUAGCCAGGGGUCGUUAGAGGGCUCGUCUCAAGGCUCCAUAGUACAAUUGACAGAAAACUUCCGCCUCAAUCCGGAUUUGGGCGAGUUCAUAUCUACUAUAUAUCGACGCUCAUUCAAGCCUCAGAAGGCGCAGGAGAGGGAACUCGGAAAAUUCUUCCAGACUAUUCGGCCGCAGUUGGGUCAGGAUAUCGGCAUACCGCUCGGCAUAGCAGAUGCAAUACGACAUUUCUUACUGGCUUUGUCAAAUGUUAUGCAGCGAAAACCACAAGAGCUUCUCCUCCCUCCCACAAUUGGGCAAGCGGACGACCCAAGUGUCCCCGCAUCGAGCAUGGAUCAUUUGUCGUCCAAGGCACUCGACGAACCUCAUCUACCAGUAUCGCUUGCGAUGAUACAGUUGGAGACCACCGCCAGCCGGCUGGAAUCUACAGGGUACGAAGGUCAUGUACGGGCAGAGGCGGCUGUCGCAGCAGCUCUCGUCGCGUCCAUUCAGAGUUGUAUGCCUGAGGCUUCCAUAUUCGUGGCAACCCCUUAUCGCGUCCAACGGCAAGCAGUGAGGAACAUUCUGAAGAAAACGCACUUCCCUCAUUCACCAUCCGGUUCGAAAAUGAAGGCCAAUGGUUCGGUUGACCAAUUAGUAGACGCAACGAGGAGGAUGAAGCUCAGCGAAACCCCGAUUUCGAUGAAGAAUGUCACGGUUGACACGAUAGAAAGGCUGCAGGGAGCCGAGGCUGCGUUCGUCAUAUGCUUGUUCUCGAUUCCGCCCUCUGCAGGGGUGGAUGUCUCAUUCCUUUUAGAACGACGGAGGCUCAAUGUGGCCAUAAGCCGAGCGAAGACCUUGUGCAUCUUGGUAACAUCUUCGGAGGUCCUCCGCCCUGCAAUACGGGUUCUGACGAACGAAGGGACUGCAAAGGGCUACGCAUUUCUCAAAGGCUUUGCCGAGCGGGCUUGGUCGACUGGCCUCUCGAUCAAUUUAGAUGCUUUCGAGACGGCUGGAAACCUUUAUUGA